AUGUCUGCCAACAAAAAAUUCACCAAGCAUGUUAUGCCGUCUAUAUACAAAGGAAAUUUAAAAGCAUACGAGUCUUCAGAAGAGAAUAUGAUCAGAAGCGUUAGUGUCUAUUAUUGUGGAGGCAUAGCUGGUAAAAAGAAAUAUCGAAAAAUAUACCGAAAUAGUUGUUAUAAGACAAGUAAUAGCAGUAAGGGUUGUGUCCGUCUUUCCAUCCAUGAAUGCCCCAUGCCAAGGCUUGUACCAUAUGACAAGCUCAUGCCAUUUAUUAAAUCGGUAAAUGUAGGUAAUAUUUACAGUGUUUACGAUACGCUUUGUGAUGAUCUUGAUGAAGAUGAUAAAGUAUGCGGUUGUUAUCGUAGCUUGAAGGAGCUGCUCCUACGUCUUGCAGAGUUUUACUUGUCUGGCAAAAGUGGUUAUACCCUAACCUGGUUCGGGGAAAAAUAUACCUUUUUAAUAACCUUAGGAGGGGACGGGGCACCAUGUGGGAAAGACGAUACAGCAACUGCCUGGUUGGUAGGAUUCUUGAAUAUAGGACGUGGAGUUUUGAGCAGUAAAGAAAACUAUUUACUCUUUGGGGCAAACUGCUCUGAAAAUUGUAUUCCAAUGCAGAGGUAUAUUAAACUGCUUUUGGCCGAUAUUCAACAUAUUGAGCAAAGUGUAUUCCCGUGUUUGUAUGAUGGGCCCGAGGGUGAGGUAACUGUUAAUGUUAAAUUUUGCGUAGCUGAACUCCCAAAUGACAUGAAAAUGAUAGCCUUUCUAAGUGGGGAGUUAAGCAAUAGUGCUAAACAUUUCUCCUCAUUUGCAGACGUUAGUAAUGAUAGUGCAAAUGAAGUCAAGGGGACUUUUGGGGUAAAGGAAAAUAACACCUGGCAUCCUUGGGAGUAUUCAUCCAGACUAACUGUUGUUAAGAAGGUAGAGGGCUUAAAGAAAACACUUUCGAAGGAGAAAUCGGCAGAUCGCACUAAAAGAUCUAAGAUCACAUCAUUAAUUGCAAAACUGAAAAGCCGGCAAGAGUUUAUUCCCCUGUUAGGUCCCAUUGUUGAUCGAAUUCACAUUGAACCACUACACUUAAAGAAUAAUGCUUGUGCCCUUGCUCAUCGCUACCUUCUAGAUGAGGUUAUUGCCAUUUCUAGCCUCCCAAAAGCCAUCAAAAAUUUUUCUGAGAUUCCAUCUAGUUCUCCGAUUGUCAGGUAUAUAGGUGUAAUGAAAACCAAAUGCUGCCUUUCUAGACUUGCCAAAAAAAUUAUAAAGUGGUUCAACGAGACACAAGCCGAAGGAAAGAAUUUUGACUACAGAUUUACUGGUAAAGAAUCCAGGGGAUUUUUACAUAAUUUUAUGUAUCUCAUAGGGGUUGUGGAGCCGUCAACACAACCAGGCACUAAGAGGCACUUUACAAUUCAUGUGCUUGCUUUUUUUUGUCUCACUUUGCGAAAUUGUGUCUCUUUGUUUAGUCGUAUUGAAAUCACAGACACAGACCUGGUUGAGCUUGAGAGUCAUUGUAGGACAUUAUUUACACUUAAUUGCCUUUUCUUCUCUCACCACCCAACCGUGUGGCAUUUAGCCCAUAUUGUUCCACUCCACAUGAAGGAAAUGAAGAAAAAAUAUGGCAUGGGCCUUGCGCUCAAUGCGAUGGAAGGCAGGGAAGCCAAACAUAUUUCAAUAGCCCGAUACUCUCAAAACACCAUUUACAGGAAUAGGUGGGAACAAGUGUUCCGUCAUGAAUCUUACAAUCCCAAGGCUGGAACUGGUAUCCGGGCAUAUGGCCACGAAUUUAGUGGGCAAUGUACGAACUGCAUUCUCGGGGUAUCCAGUGAGAGCAGUAUUUGGAUGGUUAGAUUCGGGGUGAGGAAAAUCAACGAGAAAGGUUUCAUUGUAUGGCGACAUGUUGGUACUGACCAUAACCCAGCUGAUCGAGGGAGUAGAGGAUGUGAAGUAAAUCGUUUAACUGGUGAAUGGCUGAACAGACCUGUUUGGCUUGCUGAUCCCGACCAGUGGCCUGCCUCUGUGAUGACUGAGCCUACAAUCCUGGUCAAAAACAUUGGCACACUUGACACUGACUGUGCGAAAUUUGACUCCCACAUCAAUAACAAGCAUAGCAACCACCCUUCCCCCGUUCAAUGUUGUGUGUAG